CAUUCCAAUUUUUAUUUAUUUAUUCCCCCCAACCCCCAUUUUUUUAUAUCUCCAAACAAAUCCUCAGUUGCAAUAUAAACGAGUCCCCGAGCUCCGAAACCCUUCUCCCUCUCUCUCUCUCUCUCUCUCUCUUCGUCGUCGUCGUCGUCGUCUUUUUCGUAGUGGUGGGGGUGGGUGAACUGAUGCGCCAAUGCCCAGGGUGGAGAGGCUCCUGCAAAGGGACUCCGGCCAAAUCGCCGGGCAGGGAGGAGGCGGCGGCGGCGCGGCGGCGGCGGGGGAUGCGGCGGAGCCCAUCGCCGUCGGAUCGGACGUGGUGGUGAUCCUCGCCGCGCUCCUCUGCGCGCUGAUCUGCGUCGUCGGCCUCGCCCUCGCCGCGCGCUGCGCGUGGCGGCGAUCCUCCGCCGCCGGCGGCGCCGCCGGAGGCGCCGGCGUCGCCGGAGCGCCGCGGAACAAGGGCUUGAAGAAGAAGGUGCUCCGCGCGCUCCCGAAGGUGUCGUACGGCGGGGCGGGGGGAGGGCUCGCGGAGUGCCCGAUCUGCCUCGCGGAGUUCGUGGAGGGGGAGGAGAUCCGGAUCCUCCCCCACUGCGGCCACCGCUUCCACGUCGCCUGCGUCGACACCUGGCUCCGAUCCCACUCCUCCUGCCCCUCCUGCCGCCGCAUCCUCGUCGCCGACGCUCUUCCCCCGCCGCGCUGCCACAGAUGCGGCGCCAGCUCCUCCUCCUCCCCCUCCGCCGCCGCCGCCGCACCCUCGUCGUCGUCGUCGUCGUCGGCGCCGGAUCCAAACCCUAAUUCCAGGUUUCUUCCCUAGUCGCCCCUCGCCCUCCUCGCACUUCACUUCUCUCUACCUAGGGUUUCGGUCGGAAUGAUCGAACCAUAGUUGGGAUUAAUCACCAUGUCAAAGUGUUCUAGUUAAUUAAAAUUCCUAAGUUUAUAUUGGGAAUUAUUUGUGUAAAUAGCUCGGAAACAGUUACUCACAAGCUUCGAUUAAGGGAAU